CAAACGUACAAAAUCAGCAGAGGAUCAAAUACUUUUUUUCCCUCACUGUAAGUCUAUGGGUUAUGUUAGGCUAUGGGACCUAUGUCAGUCUGAGCUCUAUGUUAAUGGGCCCGAUUUCAGUCUUUGUGCUCUGUUAGUCUAUUUUAUCCAAACACAAAUCCUGUCUCUAAAGCCCAUCCUAACACUCACCUCUAUACCUAACCCAGUCCCUAAUAUGGCAAAAAUAAUGUCCAUUAUUUAUCCAGAACACCCUCACUGAGUCUCAAGACUUUUUUUUAGGAGGGUUGAUAUUUGGACCUGAAUUCCAUCAGUGAUGAGAGUUUGACUUCGCGUGGGAGAGAAACUGGAGAACCCAGGGGAAAAGAAAACCAAAUGCGCCGUAUACAAGGUGGUGACCAAGUUCCGCACAAAUAGAUUCGAUAAUUAAUUGCUGUACGUGUAUAUAAUGCGUGUGUGUGAUGUUCACGGUUCACCAACACUUCACUCCAGCGCUCAUCUCUCUUGACCGGCUGUUCGACUUCUCCGCGUUGUAGCCGUGGGCGAUAACUAAAACGCCCGGUGACGACCAGCCGAUGAGUGACGCAUGCACCGCUCACCCGGACGAGCCGUCUCCGGUGAAUGAACGCGUGCGCACAUACACGUACCGCAUGUAACAGCGGCGGCCUUCAUGCAGCAGUGGAUGGAAAAUAGCUGCUGAUGAUAGUGAUAUGGCAGUCAUGGGUGUCAAUGAGCGCUGGACACAUUUGUCAAGAAUGCUGCAGUCUUAAAAUAAUUUUAAAAACCGAUGUAAGUGACGUUUUGGGCAAAUAGGCAAUCUUCAAAAAAGACUUAAAAUUAGGAUUUACUGGCCCCGGCCAAGAUAAUGUGGAAUUUCGAGCAUCAUCCGACUCAAUGAAAAUGUUCUGUGCCCAUUUCUCGCUAGGCAGACCACUUUUGAGUGUGAUGUUCUUAUUAAAAUCAUCAUCAGCCGUGCUCAAUCCAGUGCUGGAUAAAGGCCUCCACAAGGCAGCAUCAUCUCUUGCGAUCCCGCGAUGUAAUGAUCCACACGAGCGGAUUUCAUCGCUCCUUCUCUUUUACGGACUUCCUCUAGGAUGAAUUCCACUGGUUGGCUGCCACUCGGUCAUUAUUCUUGACAAUGACGGAACCUAUGUUUGUAAAUAUACAAAAAAGUGGCCAAACUUCGCAGGGCAGGACUCUCCUGAAAAUGAGUCUUGAAACUUAGAGCAGCACACUUCACGACUGCUUGUUCUGUUUGAUUGACUCAAGGUGGACUAUAGUCAGUAAUUAAUAAUCAAAAAUUAUUAUUUAUAGUUAUAAUCUCAUAGCUGUGAUUGUCUCAGUUUCUGCGAUUAUUACUGUACUGAUCUCAUAACUAAUUCGUAGCAGUAAUUCAUUUAUAGCUAUGAUCUUCUCAAAGCUGUAAUGUUAUAACUCAUUCAUUCAAAGCUGUAAUAAUCUCACAGCUGUAAUCUCAUAACUUAAAAAACGAAGCAGUUCCAAUCUCAUAUCUGCCACAUUCACAUUUCUGUAAUUAUCAUAGCUGUUGUGACCUCAUAGUUGUCAUCUCAUCGCUAUGAUCGCAUAGCUGUUGUGAUGGCAUAGCUGUUGUGAUCUCAUAUUUGUAAUGAUCUUAGCUAUUGUGAUCUCAUCGCUAUGAUCGCAUAGCAGUUGUGAUCUCAUCUCUAUAAUCUUAGCUGUUGUGAUCUAUCUGUAAUGAUCUCACAGCUAUUGUGAUCUCAUAGCUAUUAUCUCAUCCGUCAUUGCCUCAUAUCUUUAAUGAUCGCAUAGCUGCCACAACCCCACAGCCCUGACCACUAUCACCACCACCUUAGCUGUGCUGUGGACAACUCGGCUAUGAGCCCAGCUCCACUUCUACUACAGCCGCACACUUCCUUCCGUCGCCAGCUGUAGCACAUUACUCGCGGCUGUCGGGCAGGGGCCCGGGAGUGGGGGGGGCCCGCUUCUGCUGCUGCUCCUAUAGCUGAGUCAGCCAAACAAGUGGAGAAGACUUCUUUGUGCUGUGGACUUUAGUUUAUCGUUGUUGUUUUGCGUGGUUGUUGUUCUGUUUGUUGUUGUGGUUCUAUGGUUUUGUGUCUCGCUUGUUUUCGAGUGGAUCUGCCAAUAGCCAUCUCGUUUCACAAGAAGAAAAAUAAACCGGUCGAGUGAAACUGAUUUGACUCAGGACUCAGACUGACAAAGGAGACGCGAAAACUGUUAUUUUAUUGAUAUUUCGAAGAGAAAAUACAUUUCAUGUUUUUUUUUUACAAAUAUUAUUUAUGUAGUUAUCUAUUUAUGAAGCUUGAACUUUUGGGGCCUUGUGAAAGCUCACUUCCAUUGGGUACUCAUUGUAAAUGUGCACCUGGUUGACAAUCUACUCUUCCUUGGGUACACCUUGUGAAAACCCACCCCACGUUGGGGACACAAUGUGAAAGUGCACUUAAUCAGUGUGUAGUGUAUAUUCUAUUGCAAACACCUUCAAAAAGCUUACUUCCACUGGGUACAUCAAAUAAAUGUGCAGGAAAGAUGUAGUGUCUACUAUUCCAUUGGGUACCCUUUGUGAAAUCUCACCCCUAUUGGGUGCCCUUUGUGAAAUCUAACCCCUUUUGGGUACCAUUUAUGAAAUCUAACCCCUAGAAGGUAGUGUGAAAUCUCACCUUGACUGGGUACAGCUUGUUAAAGUUAAUUUCAAGUACACUUUUAUUUAACGUGUAUUAUUACAUUGGGUACACCUUGUAAGAUCCCACCCCGAUUGGGUACAGCAUGUGAAAGUGCAUUGAAGCAGAGUGUACAGUCUGUGCCUCUCCCUGCCGUGACCCCAGCAUCGCUUUCCCGCGCAUGAGCCCGCUUCGCCUGUCCGCCCGCCCGCCCGCCCGCCGUCUCGUUCUCCCACUCUUUCCAUCGCCGCGCGAGCCGGGGGCUCACAUACCCGCACGUAGGCCGCCCAAUUGACUUCUCUCCUGCUUUUUCAAAAUAGUCUCUCCCUCUUUCUCCCUUCUCAAGUCAGAUUUCACCCUGCGCUUCUGAGACACCCUACCCAGACUGACAGGCAACUUCGACGCGAGAUUUUCGGCCGGCCGGCCGGCUCAUUGGUGGCUGGUACAGCAAUCGUCCGUUCACCCCUUGAUGCCUUGCGGCCGGGCCUUCAAGCGCAAGCUGUGCCGCCACGAUGACGAACAGGAAGAGGAGGACGACGCCGACGACGGGAGCCCCAUCGACAAAUGUCGCCGGCGCUCCGAGUCAAACGGCAUCGACCGGGAGUGGUGCCCAUUCGACGCACCAGACCCUCGGGCCCUUACGGACCUGCCGGAAUUUGAGGACGACGCCGUGACUGCAAAGAUGGCGCCAAUUCUGGCACCUUGGUGGGACGGCGUGAGCGACCACGACGCGAGCGAGCGCAUCGCGCUCCGAGCCUCGGUGCUGGCGCUCUCUCUGGGGAAGCUGCGUGCGUGUCGCCAGGCCGCCGAGCCCUGCCUGCGUCGCUCCGUGCUCAUCGCCAACACCCUGCGGGUCGUGCAUGCCGCGCCGGGUUGCGGCGUCGACGACGACCCCGAGGACCAGCGAUCGGAACGGGCGGCUCACCCCGAUCCGGAGCUGGAGCCGCUACCGUUCCGCUCCCUCACGCCGCCGCUAACGCCGUCGUCCGUGCUGGAGGCGAGCGGCGAGGCCCUGGGAGGGUUCGGCGUGACAGCGCCGCUCUUGGACUUCGCGGACGGCAGUUGCUGUGCCACCCCGGCAAAUCCCGACUGUGCCGGCGAAAGCACCGGCAUUGUCCUUGCCUCUUCUUCGCCGCCAGGCCCGUGUCUCACCGCGCUGCUGCCAGCCGCCGCUUGGGGCCCUCGGGUUGCGCCGACGGCCACCGCCUGGGCAGAGGGGCAUCGGCCUCACGACAGUGGCGUCGGCAGCGGCGCUCGGCUGUCUGGCGUCGAGCUUAUGGCGGCUGCGGCCGCAGCGAUGGUGACGGAGCCGUCGGGCUUCCUGUGCGACCUCUCGCUGGAUGGAGCCUUCUCGGACAUCGACACGUCCAUGUACGACUUUGACCCGUUCUCGCCGGCUGCGGCCGCGCUGCACCUGCAGGGAGGCGGCGACUGCGCCAAGCCCGCAGUGGCGGUGGCAGCGCCGGCAGAAGGGACGAUGGGGGACGGGGGCGGUGUGGGAGCGGCGGCGGUGGCAGCGUCUGGCAAGCAAGACCUUAACGAGCUAGACCAGAUCAUGCAGGUGCUGGUGGGCACGUGAGCGGCGCGCUGCCGUCGUUCGUUGCCGCCACCCUUGCUUAAAUGUAAUUGUACAGCCCCUUUGUCAAUCCACUGCUGGACGAAGGCCUCCCCCCCUCCAAGCCGCGUCAGUCACGUGAGAAUUGUCCGACGGAAGCUUUUCAGCCGAUCGACCGCACGUCACUGGGGGCCCACGUUGGUGGACGAUGUUAGCGGUGGGCAGAAAAAAAUUGAACUCGAUCACCGGGUUUGUGGCCACGGUGCACUUGUCACUGCGCCACCGUAGCAGCACGAUUACCGUCGUCUUCAUCAUCAUCGUUGGGAGCGACGUAAUAUGAUUUUCCUUGUCAUUUGCACCUCCAAUUAGCCCGGUUGGCUACGUACGGUGCGAAAGAAGUUUAACGUAUACCUACAAGUCAUUAGCAGCGUCAUCAUAUGAACGCCGUCGCAAUCGUCAGGGUCAGCAAUGUCAUCACGAGUUCAGUCUACAACGCGGUAAUGUCGCCUAUGAACAAAUCACCUCGUGUGUGUCCGAUCUAGGAAGCUAAGCAAGGUUGUGCCUUGUUAUUACUUUGAUGGGAGAGUGACUAGGAUAACCAGGUGUUCCAGGCUUGGGCUGCCAGAUGGCAUGAAUCUAUCUGUACGGAGCUUUGAGCAUUAUGUCCUUGCUUCACACGAACAACGCUCAUUCAUGGUAUUAGCCAAACGUCCCAACGUAGCAGGACCCUCUAGAAAGCGUCUCUCAACUCUGGAUUUUAUGGAAAAUGGGCAUUGCUAUUAUUAUAGCAUGUCAUCAGUAAAAUCCUUACCACUGUUAGCUACGUAACGAUCACCAACAUUGUAAUCAUAAUUAUCAACAUCAUCAUCACCACAUCAUGUCUGGCAUUGGAUGGCUACAUCGCCUAGCAGUAGCAUGUGCGCUGCUUGUUGCAAUCGUUCACAGUUUGAAUCCAGCGGCCUUCCUGGUUAUUACUGCGGUGCGCAAUAACCGCAAUUAUACCACGCGCUGUCUGCUUCGCCGUGGCCGUUACGGAUUCCCCGUGAUGUCAGUCGCACGAGUAGGCCAUUAUGUGCCGACGUUAGGGGUCGAAAUUUGGCAAAUUCGAAAAUUGCACCACAUUACGCUCAAUUGGGACUAUACAUAGAAGCAAUCAUCACCACCUAUUGGUAGCAGACUAAUGCCCAAGGUGACUCUUGCACAUGACUCAUCCUGGUCUCUUGAGUUCACCUUGAAGUGAUCAUCACGAUAAUCAUCAAUGCCAUUAUCAUUGUAAGAACAUCGCCAUCAUUACCACCAGCCAUCAUCGCAAUUGUCACCAUGAACGGAAUCACAACACACAAUUUGGAUUUUCAAAAAUAUUUAAAUGUGACCUUAUCUCAGGAUGCUAAACAAAUAUACGCCACACUUCAACGACGCUAUUUUAACAUCAACACAAGUGUCAUCAUCAUCGUCAUCAUCCCGUACCCAUGUGGACUACUAUUUUAUGCUAACGUCUGGCAAACUACAGACUGGUGAAACCCAGAACACCGCUUGUGUUCAAUGAAUUAUGCAUUCGCGUUUUUAACUUAAUAGCGGUCGUUUUUAUUCGACGCAAGAUUUAUACGACACUACACACCGUACAUGUGUAUGUGUACUCUUACUCUCGCAUAAUCACACAGAUAGACAGGAAGAGGAACACGCAUGGAAUAGGAGAGAACAAACACAAAUCGGUGACAUUAACCUUGACAGGUAAGAAAAGCGUCAGCUUGGGCAGGAGACGUCGUGGCUAAAUGGGAUGAUGACGACAAUGACCGAUGGAUGAGACUGGUGACGGAAUGGCAGCCAAAGGAGGGAGCGCACCUGAGCAGACGACUACUGCAGAUAUUCCAUCGCCACUCGUGAUCAACAAAGACAGACGAUCCCCCGUAUUUGGCAAUUUAGAAAAUGACACCUCAAAUGAUCCUCAAUGGGACUACACAUAGCAAUCGUCACCCGCGAGACUCGCAUUUUUUAAUAGGCUGUUGGGGCGAAUGCUCCAUCACACGCUUGCACGCGAGUCAAUUUCAUCGCUCCACCUCCGCGAUGGGAGUCCUCUUCUGCUCCUUUAGCUGCCAUUCCAUCACCAGUCUUGUCCAUCAGCUAGCGUCCCUGGUAGCGAUGAUGUGUCCUGCCCAACCAAGACAACACGAGGUCUCCACCCUGCAUUGUCCCCCAAGUGACGCGUUCCUCUUCCUACUUCCGUAUGUUUCCGAGCAUGGCCUUCCUCUCCACGCUUCUUUGCACAUUUUUGUUCAACUUUUAGUCCUUGUUAAUUGUCAGGGUCCAUGUUUCUGGUCCAGCUCGUAGCAGUCCAUAUGACAUCCCAUAUCAUAUGCGUAUAUAUGUACGUUCACACGCACAUAUACAAACACGUAUAGAAGAUGCACACGUGUUAAUGUGUACAGUAUUAUGUAAGCGUGCAUGCACUUGCACACAAACUUAUAUUGUAUCUUUAUGUUAAUGUAUGUGCUCACACAUACACGUUACACAUGUAUGUCUACACACACUUAUUAUGUAUGUGUGAAUACACAACAUGCUAUAUACGAGGAUUAACUUCUCAUUAACUGGCCCAGGUGGCUCAGUAGCAAAGCGAGCAGUCCGCAGUCGAAAUGUUCUGAGUUCAUAUCCUGGUUAGGGGUUGAAUCAGCCCAUCGUCCUACUCUCUCCGGUGGUCAAUAAAAUGAGAAAUGUAUAGGGAAAUCAAUAGCGGUUGUCCUAUGGAUUGACUCAACCCUGCCUAAGAAAUGGGACAUUUCCACCUCUGGCUCUGCAGGGCUGUAAAAUGGGAGAUGAGGACCGACGCCUCUCUGCUGAUUUGAGCAUAAUAUCUCUUUUAAGACUUUUAAUAUCUCGCCGAUUAUUAUCCAGGUAAGGCUGCUAAACUGGGGCGUUAAACUGGGAUGGAAGCAAAGCACGUUAAUUACAGAAAUAUCUCUAUGCAUAAUAACGACUCCAACGCAACCUGCGAGAUCAACGACAAGAAUAAAUAACACUUCCUUCGUUCACAAUACUCCUCAAGACGAGAGGAGGUGGCCCAGUGGCUCAAAGAUAUCAGAAAGGCUGAACCAGCACCGCUGGGAAACUUGGAUUCGACUCUAGGGUGCAGCCGCCUGUGAUCAAACCGGUUUCUCCAUUGUAGCGGAUUGAUGGAUUUUAAAACAAAAUAAUCCCCAAUACAUUGACUUUGGAUCUAAAACUUAAAUUUGGCUAAAUGCAAGCUCCUGCAAAGCCAAAACAUUGGUUUGACCGUUAUGACAUGCAUAUUACCCUCGGUGGCAGGGCAGGUGGGAAAUUGCAGCAAGUUGAAGGGAUCUCAGAGGUAGCCUUGUGAUAUCCGCUUCCUCGGGCCGCUCUCUAACACGAAGGGAUGUGCUGGUCUGCAAGAUUUACGAACGGAGUCCCGAUACCAACAAUCAGGAUAAUAUUCGGGGAAAAUACCCAUUGCUUUCAAUGUUAUUUUCCAAGAAAGACAAAGGUGGCAGACACCUUCACCUGGUGUGCUCAGAAAGUGUUGUGGGUGUUGGUGGACCACUUAGAGAUGGGAGUCUGUGUGAGCCACUCCACCAGCAAGACAGAGAAUGGUGCCUGUUGUUGGAGACAGUACAGCAAGUAGGAUCACGACAGGCUGCUGUAGUAUGCGAGGGGUUUUUAUUUUGAGGCACUCAGGUUUCCUCAAAUUACAACGUAGGCCUCGGCCAUGCCGUGUUAGUCGUGGGGGGUUGCAUGACCAUACUUCACCAAAUUACAACAGAAUUAUCCAAAUAAUACAAAAAAGCCUCAAGACAAGAUCAAUGUAUAGUAUUGUACAGGGUGUCCGCAAUUGCCUGUUGCCCCCUGGCUUGUCGAAUCUCGUGUUUAGUUUACCUACGGCUGGUUAUGUUUGUAAAUCCACUUCUGCACAUGUUAUUCAAUUAACAAAAAACCUAUAACACAUUCAACAACAAUACCGUGGCCUUAAAAGGAACAUACAUGGGCUAUGUUUGGGGAAAAGACCUUUCAUAGCACAUUCAAUUGACCGUUACAUCAUUAUCCCUCUUUAACACAGUGAUGACACGGCCUACCGUGUAGGCAACGUUUCGACAUUUAAAAAGCCCUAACGUUACAUGUGUCUAUUAAUAAUGUACGGCCCUUGAUCGAUCCACUGCUGGAUGAAAACCUCCCCACUGGGGGUCGGUUGUACGAGUUGUGUGACCGUAGUUCACCACACUGGUCAACACAGGUUGGUAAAGUCGGCGGUGACCAAGGUGCUGUUCGUACGUCGCUCGCCACUGUUAGCCUUGGCCGGGAAUCAAGCCCGUUAUGCUGGGUUCAUAGCGCGGCGCGCUAACCACUGCGCCACCGCUCCACCCCAUUCUAAUACUGUACCGUAUUCGAUCACAUUACGCCAUUUGUCAUUUAUUCUCAAACGUGUCGCCUAUAAAAUAUGGGGGGUAGGGGGGGACAGGAAAUUGUGGACAUUGUACAAUUUUACUCACUUAACUGAAAAUGGUGUGUUCACGCGUGUUACGAAUGUGUGUUCACUUGUGUUGUAAAACACACAACGAGCAGUAUGUAUAAGAAUGGGACGCGUGUUGAUGUUUGCCACAUGACGGAUACCUUGGUAGAAUUCAACGUGAAGCAGCAAUCUGGAUUAUUGAUGAUCCAAAACUCACUGAUAAAGAGCGAUGAGGAGACAGUCAUUCGCCCCCUUAUCACUCUUAUAGCGCUGCCACCAUGAUUAGUGUCUCCCGUGAACGUCACUCAUUAAUUCCUCCACCCAUGUUAUUACUCGGUUCUACCAGACACCGUUUCGUCUCAUUUCACAAUGCAGGUCACAAUACAUCCACUCACUAAUUCACCCAUCCACCUACUCACUGAUUCACCCACCCACCUACUCACUAAUUCAGCCACCGACAAAUUCACCCACCCACUCACCAAGACUGCAGGUCACCUCAAUUCUCUUUCUGCUUCUUCCCUCGCACUGCUCCACUCAUCAUCAUCGUCUCCGUUUCCAAAAGUUCUUCCAACUUCUCUCCAUUCAAGAAAGUAACGUAUUAUUAACAACUCGUAUCUAUUACACUUUUAACAGUGCUGCUUGGCGUUUUGGGCCUAUGCUCAGCUACCGUGAUUAGGAUACCAAUACCAGGGUCUCUACAUCAUAAUGUAUCACCUUCCUCUUGGGAACGUGGCCAGUAUUUAUUGAAAUGUCGAGGACUGAAAACAAAUGUUAAAUGUUACGUGUUUUUAUACGUAUUACAGAUUAUAUAUACAAACCACAUAUGUAUAAUUUUAUACUGACAGCUAUAAUUGAGGUUCCGUUGUUUAGAAUAUAUUGCGCAGAGGAAAACAACGUGAUUUUAUGCAUUGAAUUGUAACGGUAUUUAUCCAAUACUUGUAACUUUACUUAUUGUUAAUGUUCCUGUUGUUGAUGUGUGUCGUGUUGGGGCUCACGCGGGUGAUGAUAGCCAAUCUUGUUAAGCUAAGAGUCUGUAACCAACCAUGAUACAUCAUCACAUAAACUUAUACUGGUGUUCAAA